GAGAGAGAGAGAGAGAGAGAGAGAGAGAGAGAGAGAGAGAAUGUGAGAAAGAGAGACAACGAUAGAGAGAGAAUAUGAGAGAGAGAGAGAAUAUGAAAGAGAGAGAGAGACAAUAUUAGAGAGAGAGAAUAUUAGAGAGAGACAGACUAUAAGAAAGAGAGAGAGAAAGAAGAUAAUAUGAAAGAGAGAUAGAAAGAACAUUAGAGAGAUAGAAUAUGUGAGAGGGUAAGAGAGAGAGAGAUAGAGAGAAAGAAGAUGAGUGUGUGUGAGAGAGAGAUAGAAAGUGAGAGACAGAAUUUAAGUGUGUAUUUGUGUGUGUGAGAGAGAGAGAGAGAGAGAGAGAAUAUGAGUGAGUGUGUAUGUGUGUGUGGAAGAAAGAGAGAGAGAGAGAGAGAGAGAGAGAUAGAGAGAGAGAGCAAAAGAGAGCAGGUUUAAACUAUAAUUGGACGAUCGAGGAAUGAACUCGCUCCUGAUUGGCUGCAUCACAGAUUCGGGAGAGAGUUAUUCGUGAACGCGCAAAUGUUUCAUAUUUUAAUCUAAAAAUAAAGAAGCUGAAUUUCUGCCUCCGCUCUGAGAGAAAACACACCACAGCGGAGCUCUGCACAGCCAUGGACUGAGACACGCUCGCGCCGUGUGUCCACGCUGUAACAUGGCGGACGGCUUCCAGGAGCAGCUGCAGGGCCUGGAGGGGGUCAAAGUACAUCUGCAUGAGCGGGAACUGUGGAGGAAGUUCCAUGAGGUCACUACGGAAAUGAUCAUCACCAAGGCAGGCCGGCGAAUGUUCCCAAGCUACAAAGUAAAAGUUACAGGUCUACACCCCAAAGCCAAAUAUAUCCUGCUGAUGGACAUAGUGGCUGCUGACGAACAUCGGUACAAGUUUGCAGAUAACAAAUGGUCAGUGUGUGGUAAAGCUGAGCCUGCCAUUCCAGGGCGACUUUAUGUUCACCCUGACUCUCCCGCACCUGGAGCCCACUGGACCAGACAGCUUGUGUCCUUCCAGAAACUCAAACUCACCAACAACCACCUCGACCCAUUCGGCCAUAUCAUAUUAAACUCCAUGCAUAAGUAUCAGCCUCGUCUGCAUAUAGUAAAGGCAGAUGAGAAGAACAGCUUUGGCUCCAGCAACACAGCCUUCUGCACACAUUCGUUCCCUGAAACAGCCUUCAUUGCUGUCACUUCCUACCAGAACCACACAAUCACUCAGUUGAAGAUUGAGAACAACCCAUUUGCCAAGGGUUUUCGUGGUAACGAAGAAAUUGAGAUGCACCGGAUGCCCCGUACACAGAGUAAGGAGUAUCCACUGGUACCACAAACCACUGUUCGCAUGAGAGUGACACCAUCACCCCCUGAUUCCCUGGCACCUUACAACCUCCCACACGGACUGAGCCCUGACUACAUUAGUUCAGAGUCUACAGGAAAACAACACAAACUUUCACCUGAAGACAGUUCUUUCCCAGAUACCCCAUCCACACAGAACCCUUCUUACCCUCUCCUAAAUUAUCCAGUGUCUCCUGACCUCGGGCUGGGAAACAGCACCCCAUACAGUGUGGAUUCAGCCCAGCAUCAGCCUUGUAUGUACACUGGCUCACAGUCUGGGGGCGUGGACGAACUCAUGUGGGAAUCUUACGCUGAAUGCCCUUCCUACUUGACCUUUUCCUCUUCUCGAGAAAUAAGCGGGUCGUUUGACCACACCCCUGACCCCUCCCUGGACAUCUACUCUCAGUACACCUGUGAGGUGGGUGUACAGUCGCACUGCCCUGUGACUGAUUACGCUCUAUACACGUGCAGCCACCCCAUGGGCCAGAAUCACUGUGGAGGGGUAGGAUGGUGUGGAAGAAGCUGAGUAUGUGUGUGUGUGUUUUCAUAAUUGUUUGGUGUAAUAACUUAUAAUAACUCAUGAGAAAGAUUUUAUAGGCAUUUAAUUCUUCAGACGUCUGAAUCCCAUGCUCCUACCACUUAACCCAAACCCUUUACUUAGGUAGGUCUGAGUUUUAGGAUAUUUCAGAGGCACAUUCAAAAUGGAGGAUUAUGAGAAAUCACUGGCAAGAUGGCUUUGCAAGCAAUCAAACAAUCCAAAUGUAGAAUUUUAUUUGUUAAAAAUUGAUCUGAUGCAUUGUUUUAGCUUAAUGUAGUUUAAGUGUACUAUGGCCAUAUUUUUCAUUAAGAAACACUCAUUAAGAAAUUGCUCAUAGUGCAUCUCUGUAGCUAGCUAGCUAAAUUUCCUAUUCCACCUGAGGCUUAACUGAGGCUGCUGCAUUUAAGGUGGAAUUAAAAAAAGACUUACUUUAGCUCCCUAUCACAGAGUUCAGCUGUGAGGUUGCUGAAAUUUACAGAUUCUCUGUUGUUUAUAGAGCACUGCUAGGUGGCUGGUAAUAAAGCAGUGCUUUUGUUUGUUUCUUUUUUUUUAAAUAUGUAUUUGGUUUUUGAAUGGUUGUCCCAUUUUACGGGGAGGAUUUCAACCACUUCCCCUUGUAAAUUGGUUCCAAGGAAAAGGGUGACUCUGUAAAACAAGAGAUGUUAAAAACAACUGAGAAAUUAAAUUUGUCCUUUUACACACUGUUUGAAAUACAAAACAUGUUCUGGUAAUGCUGAGUUCCUAGACAGAAAAUCCAGUUAGAUUUUUUAUUAGGGUUGUUGCUGUCGAGUUUUGCCUCUGCCUGAUAAACAGAGCUUUAUUGCAGCUGUAGAGGAUGGACACUGUGAACCUUGUACUAUAAUUUAAACAGUACCUCAACUUUUAAACAGCCAUAACAGAUUCAGAUCAUUGGGUCUGUUCUCUUUCUCUCUCUUACACACACUACAGUAACGGACCCCUAGAGGGGAGCUUUUAUUUUUGUUCUGUUUUAAUCCCUCUCUCGAUAACGAGGGGAGUUUGGCUACUACACACGUCAGCGCCUGGCAGAGCAACACUGACCGUAAUGAUGUUGUCAUGGCUUCAGGCAAAACUGUAUAGAGAGUGAAUAGAAAGAGAGCGAGAGAGAGAGAGAGAGAGAGAGAGAGAGAGAGAGAGACUGAGAAUAGAGAAAAAGAGACUAAGCAAGAGGGCGAGAGAGAGAGACAGACAGAGAAGGGUCAUUUGGGGAAUAGCAAAAAAACUAGUGCAGACUCAGGAAUGAUUCUCCAAAUCUUAUAUAAUUGUUUCCUAAUUAAGGAAAGAAUCUUUGAAUUGUAAUAAAUUAUUUUAGAUUUGUUAGUUAUUCUUUGUAUAUACUGCAUAAGUUAUUUCAAAUACAGAAAUAAAUCUAAAUUUAAAAUAAAGACAUGCAUCUUCUAAUCAUAUACAUAUUAUUUGAGGUUUAGAAAUAAAUAUUUAAAAUCUAAAGAAAAUCACUGCAGAGUGAGAUAUUCUAGUAGCAUCUAAACUGUGGCAUUUCCUACCAUAAAGUAAAGCAAUAUUCCAACUGAUCUCCAUUCAGGAAUUCAGAAAUUUGAUUUGCUGAAUCAAAUGAACAAUCAAACAAUUUUUAUUUUAUUUUACUGUUUUUUCACUGUGAACCUCCCUGUGUUUAACAUUACUGUGUUUUGUGUACCACACACUAGUAAUAUUUCUGUUUCUUAAAGGUUUGAGUGAAAAAUAUAGUGUUUAUGAUUGAGAGAGAGUUCAUAUGUACAAAAUAUUUGCAGCAAUAAGAAAAUGAACAUGAACGGUUUAAAAUGAUACAUCAUGUGUUCCCCUGUGUAUUUAUUGGUGCACUUUUGAUAAAUAUUUAUUUUUAUUGCACAAAAGUUGCACACUGUGUUAAACUGUUUAUGUGCUGCAGUAUAGAUUUAAUAUAUUCUGUUGUUAAACUGUGUUUAAUUGUAAACUAGUGUUUGUUAAUGUGAUUAAAGUGUUUUGUGUGAAAGCCGACGAUGAAAUAAAGUUGACGUAUUGUAUCUAAGAAUUG